GAAUUUGAAAUAAAAGAGGGUUUUUUUGUAGCCUUCGCAGACAAAUACCCACCGUUUCAGUCCUUAGGGCAGUGAGAGAAGUGACUGUCUGGGGAGGUGGUGGCUUUCAAUGUUCUAUUUGUUCUAGGGUCGAUUUGGGGGUGAUUGUUCAGGUUAUCAACCAAAUUCCACAAUGGUCAUUUCCGAUCACAACAAUCCUAACCUAAUCAAACCCACAAAUUUUCAAGAAAUGGGAACCAGAAAGUUGGGGAACAAUAGAAGAGCGUUAAGCGUGAUAAAUCAGAGUCUAGUGGAGGGUCGAGCGUAUCCUUGCGUCAUUAACAAGAGGGGAUUGCCUGAUAAGCAUGAAAUUUGUGAAAAGAAGCAGGCGGAUCCAGUGCAUCGACCAAUCACCAGGAGAUUUGCUGCUCAGAUUGCUAGCACGCAACAAUCUCACGCUGAGGAAAAUAAGAAGCCAAAUACUUUAAUUUCAAAUUGGAAUCAAUUUGGAGAUGUUAUAUUCAUAGACGAUGAACACAAAUCACCAUCAGACCAGCCAGUGCCCAUGUCAUUAGAGUUAACACAUGAUAAAGUGGAUCAGAUGGAAGAAGUUGAGAUGGAAGAUAUAACUGAAGAGCCUAUUGUGGACAUCGAUUCUGGUGAUGCCAAUAAUCCUCUUGCAGUUGUAGAUUAUGUUGAAGAACUUCACGAGUACUACAGGAAAACGGAGAGUAUUAGCUGCGUCACACCAAAUUAUAUGGCACAGCAAGAUGACAUUAAUGAAAGGAUGAGGGCUGUACUGAUUGACUGGCUUAUUGAGGUUCACGAUAAAUUUGACCUCAUGCAAGAGACUUUGUUCCUUACCAUUAAUCUCAUAGAUAGGUUUUUGGAAAAGCAGAACGUGAUGAGAAAGAAACUGCAGCUAGUUGGCUUGGUUGCGAUGCUUUUGGCAUGCAAGUAUGAGGAAGUUUCUGUGCCAGUAGUAGGGGAUCUGAUCCUCAUAUCAGACAAAGCUUACACAAGGAAGGAAGUUCUAGAAAUGGAGAAGUUGAUUCUCAACACAUUACAGUUUAACGUGUCAGUGUCAACACCAUAUGUUUUUAUGAAGAGGUUCCUGAAGGCAGCUGAAGCAGACAAGAAACUUGAGCUAGCGGCUUUCUUCUUGAUAGAGCUGUCUCUUGUGGAAUAUGAGAUGUUGAAGUUCCCACCAUCAUUGCUUGCUGCAGCUGCAGUCUAUGCGGCUCACUGUACUACUUUUGGCUUUAAACAGUGGAGUAAGACAUGUGAAUGGCAUACCAACUAUUCAGAAGAUCAGCUAUUAGAUUGCUCAAGGAUGAUGGUUGAGUUCCACCAGAAGGCAGGGACAGGGAGGCUUACAGGGGUAUAUAGGAAGUACUGCUCAUCCAAGUUCAACUACAUUGCAAAAUGUGAACCGGCAAGUUUUCUUUCGGAGAACCAGUCGUAGCAUGGGCAUGCAUACUUAGUAACAACAAUACAUGACUUUCAUUCAUAGUUCCCCUGGGGGGGGUGAUUGGGUGACCAAACUCUCAUCACAUAACAGCACCUUUGGUUGCAGGGGGGAACGGGAAAUUUAUUUCUGGUGUCUCGACUUACUUAGUUCCUUACCCUUUUCUGUUUCUCAUGUGUUACUGUUUCGCAACACAAACUAUAUUUAUCUUGUUCUCUCAUUGACCAAAAUAAUGGAAAUGAUGGUAUAGAACAGUUUCAUUCA